AUGAUGCAGCAUACAAACCGUCACCACCGUGAGAAGCUCCUGUCACCGCCGGCUGCACGUAAAAACCUGUUAGUGGGCCAAACCACACUGACCGGCGGAUUUGCAGCCCCACUCGCGGCGACGAGUGCGAGAGCCAAGGAGAUCACAAGGUGUAUCGGCGUUUUCAUGGCAAAAGAUAUGAGGCCGUUUUCUGUCGUAGAAAAUGAAGGAUUUAGGCUACUCGUCAACAAAUUGGAGCCCAAAUACACCAUCCCAUCACGCCCCCACUUUAGCCAGACUGUCAUGCCAGCGCUUUACAGGGAAACAAAAUCUAAGGUAAUUGAGACCCUCAGAAAAGCAUAUAGUGUAUCAAUUACAACCGACGGCUGGACCUCCAGGGCUACCCAGAGUUAUCUUACGGUCACAGCCCAUGUGAUAACCAGUGAGUGGGAGAUGGUUAAUUUUGUUCUCCAAACUCGCCCAUUGUUCGAAACACACACAGGAGCUAAUAUUGCUGAAGUUUUAAAAUCAGCUGUGAGUAAAUGGGGGCUUCAAAAGGCCAACCAUGGAAUUGCUGUGGUCACGGACAACGCGAGGAAUAUGGAUGUUGCUGUCAGAGAGGCUGGGCUAGCCCCCCAUGUCAGGUGUUUUGCCCACACUUUGAACUUAGCCAGCCAAGCGGGUUUGAGUGUGCCCCACGUGAGCUGUUUGUUGGGCAGAGUGAGGCGUAUUGCUGCCUUUUUUCACCGAAGCUCCACAGCCACAGCUGCGCUCGCAGCCAAACAGAUACUGCUGGAGCUUCCACCGCAUAAGCUAAUCAUCGAUGUCGCUACGCGCUGGAACAGCAGUCUGGAUAUGAUCGAACGCUAUCUCGAACAGCAAGCGGCUGUGACAGCAACUCUACUGAGCAACGACGUUCGACGAAAUGUCCGUGACAUCGACACUUUGGAUGGCUCAGACAUCCGUGAUGCGGAGGACAUAGUGAAGCUUCUAAAGCCACUCAAAACGGCCACCACUGUGCUGUGUGACGAAAAAAAACCCACUGUGUCUCUCAUUGUGCCCUUAAAGCAUAUGAUCGAGCAUAACAUGGCAUCCAACGAAGAAGAUUCCCCCACUGUGAGCAACAUAAAGAGAGCUAUACUGAACAACCUUUACAACAGAUACACUUCAGAGUACAACCACCUGCUGGAGUGCACCGCAUUAGACCCCAGAUUCCGGGCUCUGCCUCAUCUAGAGACAGACCAACGCGAUGAUGUAUUCCACAGACUGAAGGAGAAAGCUGUACUGAUGUUGCAGAACCAGGAUGAGAGCAAAGAAGGUGCCAGUGGUCACCCCCCUGCAGCAGAGCAGCCUCUUGGCCAGACAGACAGAGCAGGAGCAGAGCUGAAACAACCUCCUUCCAAGAAAACAGCAUUGGAAGAUCUCCUUGGAGGGACUUUCGAUGAACCAGUUGCACAGCACAUCAGUCAGAUUGAUGCAGAAAUGAAUAAGUACAGAGCUGAAACAUCCAUUUCCCUCAAUAGCUGUCCACUCAAGUGGUGGAAAGAGAAUGCUAGGCUAUACCCACUGCUAUCCAGUAUAGCAAAAGCAUAUCUCUCCACACCAGCCACCUCUGUCCCUAGUGAAAGGGUUUUUUCAUCAGCAGGGGACAUUGUGAAUGUGCAGAGAUCUCAGCUUUGCCCAGAAAAUGUGGAUAUGCUGAUAUUUCUUAAAAAAAACAUGUAAAAAAAAAAAAAAAAAAAAAGAUUCUAAGCUAGGAAAGAGCACUGGCAAAGCCUGAGUUUGUUUAUAUGAAAAGAUUUAUUUUAUUUGUAUUAUUUAUUUUAUUUGGGAUUUGUUUUAAUAUUUCAAUUUAGUUUUGUUAUUUGAUAAAGAUAUUUCAGUUUCAGAAAGAAAUGUACAGCAUUUUGUCUGAGUGAGAAUGGAAUAAUAAAAGGAAACUUUUUCAUUUAUCUUUCUUAAAU